AUGAAUCCACCGAAUAAAUCAUCUACUAUUGAUGGUUGGAAUGACCCACCAGCUAAUCUUACUGUAUCCGAUAAUAUGUCAACAAAACGUAUUUUACUUAAUAAACGUGUUCCUUAUACAAAUCAAGAUUUAACAACAACAAACAAUCCUUCGAAUAUUUUAACAGCACCACCAAUUUGUUUUCCAUCAACAAUAUCUACACCUAAUUCAUUAGAUAAUGACACUUCAGUAAAGAAUGAUCUAUUAACUGUUGAAGAAAUGAAUGAAAUAUUCAAAAAACAACUUAAAAAAUUAGAAGAUUCAUCAAAUAUUGAAAAAAAAAUUCUUGAAGAUAUUAAUAAGAAAUUUCAAGUCAUGCAGGAUGAAUGGUCUCAAGAAAAAUUAUCAUUAAAUACAAAACAAACAUUAUCAAAUAUAUUUCGUGAACUUGAUUCUGAUCAUAUACAACAAGCAUUUGAUUUGCAUAUUGCAUUAGUUCGAAAUGCAAGUUCCGAAGUUGUUCGUUUUAUUGUUGGUAUUAAACGGUUAAUACAAGAAUUACAAAGAUUAUCUAAUUAA